CCCGCCCGCGCGCGGCCCCGCCACCCCACGCGCGCGCCGGCUUCGCUCGCUGGCGCUCACGCCCGCGCGCAUAUCCCUGCCGGCCCGCGAGCCCGCCGCCGCCGCCGUCCCUGUCCCUCGGAAACGCGGUCGCGCCAUGUCUUCGCCUCCCGAGGGGAAGCUAGAGACGAAAGCUGGACACCCGCCCGCCGUGAAAGCCGGUGGAAUGCGAAUUGUGCAGAAACACCCACAUUCUGGAGACACCAAAGAAGAGAAAGAGAAGGACGAGCAAGAAUGGGAAAGUCCCAGUCCACCUAAGCCGACCGUGUUCAUCUCCGGUGUCAUCGCCCGGGGUGACAAAGACUUCCCACCGGCGGCCGCCCAGGUGGCUCACCAGAAGCCCCACGCGUCCAUGGACAAGCACUCUUCCCCGAGGACCCAGAAUAUCCAGCAGCCUCGCAAGUGACCGGCGAGGACCCAGCGCCCUCCCCAGCCAUGCCUUGGUUCCCCAAUAUUUGUAUUUCCCCAGCAAAGAAAGCCGCAUUUUCUUCAAAACGCUGCUGCAUUGGGAAAUCUAAGGCAAAGCAAACCGCCUUCCUUUGCCUUACAUUUCCGUGUUGGAAACUAGAAAUAGACCCCAAGCCGUGCUUCCAGGAGUCCUGGUUGGUGUGUGAGGCCCACUGGGCCACUGGGAGGACGUGCCAGCCCUGAAUAAAACAAAGUUGUUCAGUUUAGCUGUAGUUUUGUCUCAGCAAUUGCCUAACAUCCCUGCCUGUGGUCUUAAAACCAAUAGGGCACAAAUUUGGGGGGGUGGAUUAGAUUAAGAUUAGGGGGAUAGCUCGAUAAUUUCAUAAUUUUUAGUCCAAGGAUAGUAAAGUCUUACCACCUGAGGGAGCGUGAGGAAUGAGGGUGGUAAUCGCGGGGGAGUGUUCUAGAAGGCAGAGCAGGGAGAGCCAGACGACAGCAACACUGAGUUUCUCUCCCUGUGACGAGGGAUCGGAGGGAUCGCAGUGCAGAGCGGCACCAGGCACUCCCCAGACAGCGGAAGAGAAGCUCGCACCUUGGAAAUGGCUCUGUCACUCCAGGAGUCAUAGUGCUACAAAGUUAGAAAGUAGGCAGUUUGCCCAAAGGAGUACUUCUGGAAUGAGAGCUCAGGGUGGGUUCCACGUCCAUGCUGCUGCCACAUCCAGACGGGUCCCGCCCAGGACAGCCAGGCAAACCUGCCUUGUUCAGUGCUCAGCUCUAGCGCCGUUUGUGAGUUCUGGGAGUGCUUACUGACCAGGUAGAGGAGCAGGCACACAGCGAAUUCUGGAACGCUACAGCAAGUGCGGUGGAUGCUUAGAAAGACCAGAUGAAAACCUGCGUUUUGUGUUUCCAGGGAAACGUAGAAACACCACAUUCCAUUUGAGUUAAAACCUGUUUGUCAGUCAGUCCAGCUGUCCAGAGCUCCUGCCCGCAUGCACAUUUGCCUGGGCCGGUGGGGUUACCCCACUUUCUGCACCCGUUUACUGCCCAGAGCCGGCCUGGACGCCUCUCUGGCUCACAGCUGUAGAUGCCCAGCUUUCUGAAAAGCCAGGGGCUCCUUUCCUCAGCAGUUAACCUCCUGCAGAGCAGACGCUUUGGAGAGGGCGCGGUGACUGCCCCAUCACCAGCAGUGGUGUCUGCUGCAGGCUGGCAGUGGUGCUGUGACCGGUGCACCCCCCGGCCCCUCUGACGCCAUGAUCAACUCCAUAGCUGCCGACCGGUCACAGUGACACAUACGUAGGCAGACCCCCUCUCACCCAUCCCUAAGGGAGCAGCUCUGCACUUCCAUUCUGAGGGCAGCGUUAGGUUUCCCACCCCAUUUCAAAAGCCGGGACGGAGCCCUCCAGGCCCUGCCUCGUCACAUGGGGUGUGUGUCUUAAUCACUAGGAUGUUGGUAUAAACUGAGGCUGGCUUUUGGAGAUGCGGCCUCCCGGCCGCCUCCUGGAGCUUGUGUCUCAGAAGGGCUGCCGAGAGCAGACAGCACCAGGUCAGGCCUGUGAGCCCUGCACCCUCCGCUACGGGACUUAAGACACAUCAGUGAUCCUUCUUGGCUUUGCAGCGACGGCCAGGCUGUUUCCCAAGGUGUAUUUCUCAGGUACCUUUAGCAGCAUCUGGCACGUGCCUGUGGGCUCUAGGUCACUGAAAGCAAAAUGUUUCCCUGAAUGAUUUUAUCAAUUGUUAACUUCAAGAUUAAUAGAGAUUGUAAUAAAGACCCUGCAUUUCUU